AUGGCGUGUUUUCAACGUGAUGUGGUCGUAAGCGAAUGCUGUCCUUCGUCCCUGGAAUACACCCUCGCUCAGGACGCCAGUCAGUAUCGGGAGACAAAAAUUUUAAUAUUUUGAAAUUAAAAAAAGUUCAAAUUUACAUUGAAAUUGAUACCAUUUGGCCAAUCUUUGAUGUCGCGCAAGGACAGGAUUGUAGUCAUUUUGGUCGAAUCAAAUUGGCAAAAAAACGGAGGAGAAAGUGGAACAUUUGUUCAAACAGAGUCGUUCGAAACCUUUCCCAAAUAGGAGAAAAGAUCGACACUUUUGGUUUGAGCAGCUGCAAACCUUCGAACUUUCCAGGUAUAAAUAUCGUCGCCGCCAUUUCUGACUUCACUUCAGGAUCCGCGAUGCUCCAACUCCUUUUCGUCGCCUUUUUCCUCGCCGCCGUCGGUGCCCAAUCUACCACCACUUGCAACAUCGCAACUGGCGGUAGGUCUGAAAAUGAUUCUUGUUCAAAAAAUAGCGAACUUUCCAAUGGCGACUUCUCCGACCAUUCUUUUCCUAUCUCUAGAAAGCAUUACGACAAAUAAUUACCCAGCUUUUUUUUUGAGUAAGUGUUCUUUCACUUGUCGUAUAAAGAUCCGAUACAGACAUAUUUUGAAAAAGAGGAAAGUUUCAAGAGAAAAAAAAAACUCUAAAAAGGGAAAAAUUCAAGAGGUAAAGGUCGGUAACAAAAAUCGCCAAAGUCGAAAAAUGUAAAAAUUAACAAAUGUUUAAUCUGUACCAACUUGAAAAUUAUAUGAAUAAUAAGAAAAACUUUCAGCCAAAAUAAACGGUAUUUGUCCAUCGGGACUCGUGGAAAUCUCCGACGGCACCUGCUGCCCACAAACUAACGGUAACUAAAAAACUCAUCAUUUAUCAAAAAGUCAAUUAAUUUAGUUCAAACAGCCCCUCCGUGCGUCGAUAAGGUUAUUUUGACCAAUUGGUCUAAAAUUACAAAAUGAAAACUUCAGCUGAACCCAAAAACAGGCGUUUCUGACUGCCCGAAAAACGCGGGGCUCUGCACAAAUACCGCCUACCUGGAUCUCAUGAAAGAUCAGUGUCCCAAGACCUGCGGCUUCUGCAGUUAGUUAUAGGCCAUUCCGCGCCAGCUUGUCACUUUUUUCUUUCCGCAAAAAAGCUAAGUAAAAUUUAACCAACUUCGUUUCAAGACCUUUUUUCUUGCCGUUAUAAAAGCAGAAAUUUGAUCUAAUUUGGUAUACGGUCUUUUUGGCGGGAAGAAAAACGUGACAAGCUGGCACGGAAUAGGCUAUAAUUAAUUUAUAAUCCAAAUAUCGAGACCAUGAAUUUUUCGGACUUUUCCUUUCACUUCAAUAAUAAAGAAAUAUAUUUACAGCAGUUUCUGGUUCUACGUGUGCCGAUAAGGUGAGCUCUCAAAUCGAUCAAAAAAGUGCAAAAUGAAAUUUGAAGAUCACGCCAUCGACCUGUACGAAGAACUUGAACCUCUGCACGAAUAGCAUCUACCUGGAUCUUAUGAAAGAACAAUGCUCCAAGUCAUGCGGAUUCUGUACCUAA